CCGGCGCUUCUGAGUCGGUUACUGGGCGGUAAUGGCGCCGAGCUCUUAAAACAGCUUGGGAGGGGGGGGGGGAGGAGGAGGGGGCUCCACUUCAUCGCAGCUCUCAAUCCCGAAGGUUUGAGGGGAUGAGCCGACAACCUCAGUCGCCGCCAGGAAGGAGGAGGAAGGAACGGAAGCGGCGAUAGAAUAGGUGAAACAACAGAAUGUGGAGCAAAAAAGCAAAUGAAUUUCCCUUACACAAUCCAAAGUUCUCCCAAAACAGGAAUUCCAUUAGAGAUUUAACAACAGCAUGGAAUUCUUUUUCACAAACAAAGGCAACAUUGCAGCAUAUUGAGAACAAAUUGGAAGUAGCUCCUAUUAGCACAGCCAGAUUGGAUACUGUCAUGGAAAAAAAGCCAUCAAUUAGUACUACCAGGAAAAUAAGCAGGAAAGGGUGCAGGUCUUCCAGUCAAAACAAGGAAAGUUCUUUCCGCAGGCCUCUUCGUGCUACCACUUUGGAUAGCAAUGUGAGUAAGAAGGGACAUGUUGAAUUUCGUCAGCCCCUGUCUUCUUUCAGAGAUUCUCUGUGGUCACCAUCUUAUGAAACCUCUUGCCAAUUGGAGGCCAGACCUCUGAAGUAUAAAGAAGCAGGGAAUAAAGCUGAAGGAAGUGGUAUGAUCCAUGAUAAAGGAGAGCCAGAUUUGCAUGGCAGAGAUUUGAAAAGCUCGUCUUUUACAGAAGAAACUGUUGUUCGCUAUUUGAAUGAUCAUCCAGCAAUUAACGCUUUGCAAAGUUCAGAUGUGGUGAAUCCUACAAAAUUAGAAGAAGAAAGUGAAGAAUCCAGAGGAGAGGAAUAUACAAAAACAUCUCCAAGUUCAGUAAUCCAAAAUGAACUAAAAGAAUUGCAAUUGGUAGAAUCUUCAGCUUCUUCUGCCAGUACCUCAAGUGCCCAUAGAUUAGAUAUUUUAAAGCAGCAUCAGCAUGGUGAUAAACUGGAAAAACUGAAAGAACGAAUUAGAAAGCAAUGGGAGUGUUCAGACGAACUGACUGUCAGAGGACAUAAUCCUGAAUAUUCUGAUCAUCCUGUAACUAUUACAGCUCCUGAAAAUAUAGUGACUCCUAAAAUCAGAAAAGUGGCAACAGCACCUAUGGUUCCCUCCUAUAAAGGUUUCAAUCCAUCAGAAGCCAAGAUUCGUACUCCUGAUGGAAAGGUAUGGUGUGAAGAGGAAUUUUUGAACCUCAGUAGAGAGUUAUGUCAAGAUUUAGAAUUCCAGUUGGCAGAAGAGGAUUUGACUCCAAUAAAGACACCUAUUGAAAAAAAAGAGAAAAAAGGACACAAACCAGUGCGUAAAACUCAGAAGAUGGCACAGCUCUCAAGUCCUUAUUCUAAAUCAGGUGGUGCCAACACAAUAAGUACAGCGUCCUGGAGAGACGGACAAAGACUAGCAAAGAAAAUACUGGGUCCAGUGCCUAAAAUAGAGCAGCCAAACACUCAGAUGUUGUCUAGUGACAGGAAUGAAAAAGAUAAAUCUAUUAAAACUGUAUCUUCAGCUCAAAUAACAGAAGCUGACUGCAAUAUGCCUGUGGCUGUAAAACCCCUCACAACAUGUCCUGAGCGUUCAUCGAGCAAAAUAAGAGGAAAGAACAACCUGAAGAAAAAAGAUGCUGCUCCUCACAAUGAGGGACUGGGAGAUGAUCGUGUAAAUAAGGAUUUCUUGCCAGUAGAAAUCCGUGGGAUUCUUGAUGAUCUGCAACUGGAUUCUGUAGCUCAGGAUUCAGAGAAGAGGAAUGAAAUAUGUCACAAUCAGGAAUCAGAACCACCCCCAUUUUCUAGAAGUCACAGUCCAGGCAAAAAAAAAUCAGACAAAGUUCCCACCAGUGAAGACACUCAGUUUAUCUUAAAGAAGCGCCACUAUGAUGCAGAUGAAGUGCGCCAGUAUAUUGUGAGACAGCAGGAGGAAAGGAAGAAGAGAAAAAGUGAAGAAAAGAAAGCACAAAAGGAGGCAACACAGCAAAAAAAUAAAAGACUCCAGGAACUUUACAAGAAACAAAAAGAAGCCGUUGCCAAUAAAACAAAGACAACAUCAACAUCUGAAACGGUCACUAAACAAUUGCAAGAAACUUAUUCUAAAUUGUUCAUGGAACAAACAUUGCUGGAGAAUCCAGCACUCUCUGUUCAAGAAGUUCAGUCCAAACCAGGAUAUCAACCAUCUGGAGAAUCUGAUAAAGAGAACAAGGCUCAGGAGCGUCCUGUUAGUGCAUCAUCCAGUAGUGAUAUGUCUCUCUCUGAGCCUCCUCAUCCUCUUGUAAGAGAUAAUACACUGGAGCCUUUAAGAAUUCAUCCAGAGAAGCUGAGUUCAAUAGCACAGUUUCCUAGCUCAAAAUCUGUUUUGAAUGGAGCUUUUUUCUCUCAGCUUUUAUCUUUGGAUAACAUGGGUAUCUUGCAAAAGGAUUUUGAAUCUGUAACAUCAAGCAGAAGGAGCCAUAACACAGCUAUGGGAUCCAUGUCUUCAACUCCUCAGCCAUUUAUGUUAUCUGCUGUACAACCCACCAUUAAUCAUUAUAAACAUAAAUUGGACCGUAUUGAAGCCCUAAAGGCAACUGCAGCCUCUCUUUCAAACAGAAUUGAAAGCGAAGCCAAAAAAUUAGCUGGGGCUGGCAUUAACUAUGAAGCAGCGUGGCAUACUGAACAUGACUUGUUGGAUCAAGGUGAUACCUGCUGGGCAAAAGCCAGCAGCCCUCCUGUGAGAGAAGAUGAUGUCUUUUCAGCCAGGCUUCAGAAAAUGUUGGCAACCUGCAAUUCGCAUACAACUUUUGAUGAUAACCCUCCUGGAAUGGAAAAUCUUAAUGAGUUUAAAAAGCUCCCAGAGUCUAUUAGUCCUCAUACAGGUGCUGUUGGUCUUCCAGGCAAUAAUAUACCUGAAGAAAUAUUAGGAAAUCUGUCUCAAAAGCAAACAUGCUCUGCUGGGCCUGAAAACAAACCUGCUGUUCCGAAUGAUAGUGCGGAUUCCAUAAGUGAAGGUCUACUCAGCGAUGGUCUUCUCUCUGAGGAAGAAGGUGAAAAGCCUUAUAAUCCAUCUUUGAAGGUUGCUGAGGCAUUAAACGAAAAAGAGUUCUGUGUUGCAGAUAAAACUGGUUUUGAAACCAUAAAAGAAUUUCAGAAGGAGGCAGAAAAUUAUUUACCUAUUUUCACACAGAUUAGGAAUGGUCCAAAACCAUGGGAAGAACUUGUCAAGGGAAGUCCGCAUAGUGUGAUCAACAUCUUUACAAAAUCUUUUCAUUUGUGUGGGAAAGAAUCUGAAGAACAUGCAGGACAGGGAUCAUCAACACAUAGACCUUUACUUCCUGCCAUGAGCUCUCCAGAUAGUAUUGCUUCCUAUGAGGAUGAUUUCAUCUCAUCAGUGGACAAAAAGUCUACACCUGAGCACAGUGCCACAAGUAGCACCAGCCUGAAAGGAGAGCUUACCAGUAAAAAAUUGCCUUAUGAUCACCAAACUAUGGAAUUAACCCAUCAUUCCUCAGGACCACUAUCUUCAGGUUCUUCUCGUGCAUCCGCAUCUUCUAAAAGAAGAGGAAGAAAAGAAAAGACAGAAUCAUUAAAUGGAUUUCCAAAUGACUCUCUCUGGGAAAAAAGCAAAGCAUCCUUAGGAUCAGACUAUGGUUUGGAACAAGCAAAACACUUACUAUCUAGUAACGCAGUGUCUAACAGAGAACAAGAAGUGAACCCAGAUUCUGACAGUACUGCAGAGGAACUAUCUGGUCACUCAUUAAGGAGUCUCCCAGAUAAAGUUAGAUCACCAAGAACAAUAAGCUCUCCUCAGUCUUCAAACAUACAGAAAAAAAUGGAUCCUGUAGGAAAUACAGCAGAAAAACUUAGAUCUUUAAAUUCUUCUAGAAACAUAGCUUCUGGAUCUAAGCUAAAUCCUGACUUCUCUGACUUGGGUAUUGGAAACAACAGGACUGGAGCCAAUAUUCCGAAUGGUUCCAUGCGCUUCUCACCUGCUGGUCUCCAGCAUCGUUUGUCUGCAGAACUUAACUACCUAAGCACUAUUGAAGAGUCAGUACACCAACUCUCUGAUAUAGAACGUGUGCGAGGGAUAUCACUUGCACAGCAGGAAAGUGUUUCUCUGGCUCUAAUAUUAAAGUCCCAGCAGCAGAGACAUGAGAGGGACUUGGCUCUUCUAAAGCUCAAGGCAGAGCAAGAAAUGUUGGAAAAUCAAAGGAAUCUGGAAGAGGCAAAACAAAAAGCAGCUCAGGCCCAUGCAGAAUCAUUACAUCAGUUGGCACAAUCACAUCAGGAGGCAGCUGAGACUCUACAGGACACCACAUCUAAGAUUGCAACUCAUCAGCUGGAGACAGCCCUGUUGACUGCAGAUACUGCUCGUCAGAUACGUGAAAUGACAGAACGUGCACGUUUCCAGAUCUCUGAUGCAGUUGGUACUACUGCAGCUCCAGUUACCACAUUAUUUGACCAAGAAUGGAAGCAGGGUUCAGCUUCCUUAAAGCGAUUAAAACUUCACAAUAUGAACAGAAAAGCAGAUUCAAUCAGCACACCAUCAGGUAGAGAGGAGACAAAUGACUCAAAGCAUCAUUGUUUGCAUGCAUUUGAUAGCUAUUCAGAAUCAUCAAGAUCAAAGGCACAUGAUCAGAGUAGUAGCAGCAGUCGGCAGGAAAGUCCAUCUUCUAAGGAAACCAAGAAACUUUCUCAUCGUGAAAAACCAAGCAGUUCCAUUGAGGAGGAAGCUCCCACAGCAAUCAAUGAUUCACUGCAGAAUAUCAGUAUCCCAUCUAUUCAUGACGAGAGAGAUUCCACUUCUGUUGCCACAGAAUAUUCCCUGAAAUUUGAUGAGUCUAUGACAGAAGAUGAGAUUGAAGAACAAUCAUUCCGGUCUUUGUUGCCUUCUGAGAGCCACCGUCGGAUCAAUCUGAAGAAACGAAAUCACCAAAUUUAUUCUGAUGAGGAGGCUUCUCCUGGAAAGUCACCUAUUAAGGAGCUGAACCUGCCAUUUUCAGCAGGGCAAGACAGUUUUUCUAAAUUUACAAUGGAAAUGGUACGGCAGUACAUGAGAGAAGAAGAAAUGAGAGCUGCUCACCAAUCUUCACUGCUCCGAUUACGUGAAAAGGCACUUAAAGAGAAGACUAAGGCUGAACUAGCUUGGCUAGAACACCAGAAACGACAUUUACGAGAUAAAGGAGAAGAUGAUAAAAUGCCACCUAUCCGGAAAAAACAACGUGGCCUGCUUCUUAAACUUCAGCAAGAGAAGGCAGAAAUUAAGCGCCUUCAGGAAGCUAAUAAGGCAGCACGGAAAGAAAGGCAACUUAUUCUUAAACAGCAGGAAGAAAUUGAACGAAUACGCCAAACCACUAUUAAAUUACAGGAAAAACUCAAGUCUGCAGGAGAAAGCAAGGAACACCGCACUGAAGAUGAUAAAAAGCAAACACAUUGCUCAAGUCCUCAGCCAACUGACGCAGAGGCCUAUAGCCCUUCCUCCAUUUCCAGUUCUGAGACAAGUAGUAUCAUGCAGAAAUUAAAGAAAAUGCGGAGUCGAAUGGAUGAGAAGUUCUUGACCAAGCGAGAGCAAAAACUGAUGCAGCGGCGUCAGUAUGCAGAGGAGCUGCUGCAAUGGAAGCAACGUUUAGAUGCAGAAGAAGCAGAGAUACGUCAGAUAGAAAAACAAGCGCUAGCUGCUUGGGAAAAAGAGCUGCACAAAACAAAAGCAAAUAAAAAAGGAGCAGGAGAUCAGAAAUCUGAUCAAAAAGAGACAGCCAGUGAAGGAGACUCUCCAAUGCCACCUUGUUCUCGUCUAAAUAGUGAAAGCUCAGUCCCAGAAGAAUUGAGCAAUCUAGUUGUUGAGUCCAUUCCAUCACAGGUUUCUGAGAUUCAAGGAGAGCCUGGAAGCCUAGAUCACACAGUAACUGAAGGAAUAGUUUAUACACAAGAACCGGAAUCUGCUGUUUCUCCUGGAAAACCUUCUUCUUGCAAAAGCAGUGUAUCUCUAUCAAAGCAAGAGUCAAAUAAACAAACACAGAAGUCUGGAGGAAAGCAGCUGUCAUCUACAAAAUCGCAGGAUAUCUCAUAUAGUUGGUCUGAUGAGUCUUUAUCUAUGACCCAAUCAGAAACUACAUCUGAUCAAAGUGACAUUGAAAGUCGAAUCUGGGCUCUGAAAAAUGAAGUGCGGAAAAAAAAGUCUGUUGUUUAUAGACUGAAAAAAGAACAGAAGAAGAGGCUCAAAGAGAAACUUAAAGCUCAAGAGGCAAGUUUGAUCAAACAGUUAGAGACUUAUGAUGAAUUCAUCAAGAAAACGGAAGAAGAAUUGAAUGAGGAUUUUGAGACAACACCAACAGCUAAACCUCAAAUCAAAACUCCAUCUUCAGUUACUGAGAAACCAAAACUCAAACCCCCACCACUUCAUAGGUCUGAAACAUCCAAAAGUUGGAAAUCACUCACUGAUUCUGAACGUUCUAGAGGAUCUUUGGAAUCUAUUGCGGAACAUAUUGAUGCUUUGCCACCUUCUGAACAAUCUGAGUCUGUAAACACCAUGAAAUUCACAGAAGCAGAGAUUCAGACAGAGAAGCAGUCUCAUACAGCAUCCACAGUCCUCAAAAUCCUAAGAAAAUCUUCAGCAGAAUCGGACAAGUUGGAUAGUUUACUCCCAUCAGCUAUUCUCAAAGACUUAGGAAACACGAGCAAAAUAUCUCCCAUAUCACUGAAUAAGUCUGAAGAUGCAGUGAGUUAUGACUGUCCCACUACCAGAUCUAUAGUGCAAGAGACAGCAGAAUCAAAAGAAUUAGAGGUUGAAAUAGCCUCCCAGACUUAUGAGAUAUCCAAUGCCUCAGUUUUUGAUUUAAAUCAAAACAAUUCAGUUCCUUUAAAGAGAGAGGUCCCUCCAGAGACUGAGCUGUUGGAAAAGAAUCAGUUUGUCUUGGAAGGCAUAAGUGUGCAGGAAAUCAAGGAGAUGCCAAGUGAAAGGUUCAAUGAUGAUGAAAGUAUUACAUCAGUCAAAUCUGUUUCAGAACAGAUUUCCAUUUGUGAAGAGCAAUCAUAUUCUAGUGAUUUUGAGGAGUCUUCCUUAGGAACAGAUAUAUCAAAAAGUGAGAUAGUUCUUACUGAAUAUCAAAGAGAUGUUUUUCAAGCACCUACACUACCUUCCAGACAAGAUACAGGAUCACAGGGAGAGAACUCCUUGUACACAAGGCCUCCUAGGAGUGAAUCCCCUGGUUUUGGAAGUGAGGAUGAAAUAAGUGAAUGUCUCAGUGAAAAAUCUUUGUCUGUAGCUGAUAGCAUUCAAUCAGAAAGAUUGUUAGAACUCAAGUCACCAACAGAAUUUGUGAAAAAUAAAGAUUGUGGUGAUGUGGAGAAAGAACUAUUUGAUGAUGAUGAUGAUGAUUUAUGUUGGGGUUCCAGUUUCAAGGCACCAUCAGAAAAGCAAGAAGAUAUUUUGCGAGGUUUCAGCAUUGGUGACCGAGUUCUUGUGAGUAAUAUAUACUCUGGAACACUGAAAUUUAAAGGUUGGACAAAUUUUGAUAAAGGUUUUUGGGCUGGUGUAGAAUUGGAUGAACCAGAAGGAAACAAUAAUGGUUCUUACAAUGGUAUUCAAUAUUUUGAUUGUAAAGAAAACUAUGGUAUUUUUGCCCCUCCAGAAAAAAUAUCUCUUUUUUCAAAAAGUUUUGGUAAUGACUUAGAUUCAAAGGAAAAUUCUUUCUUUAAGCAUGAACAAGAUAAUCAACACAAAACAAAUCAGGAAGGCUUAGAUACUCUUGAAAAAGAAAAGAAUAAAAGAAAUACAAAUGAGAAAUCUCCAAGAGAAUCAUCUGCCUUAAAAGGGUCAAUUGGAGCUGGAGAUUAUGUAAAAUUCAAUAAAUCAAGUGACUGUCUGGUAGUUAUUAGUACUGUUGACGGGUUUGAUCAAGAAACCAGUGGCUUUGACUCUCCCAAAUCCUCUAAAAAUGAUAAUGGUAUGUUACCUCCUGCCAUUUCUAAUAUCCACAAAGAAGAUUCUGCUAUUGAAGUUGGAGGGGAUUUGGACAGCAACUUUCCUAAGAAAUGGAAGCACCGGUCAGUGUGGCAAGAGCAAACAGAAAACAGGUUUUCUCCCAGUAAUCUGGAAAAAUCUGCAACGCCACUUCUGGAUUUAUUGACAAAAGAAAGAAGCCAACUAGAAGCCCAACUUAAAGUCCCAUCCCAAGAAAAGGAAGAUCUACUAGAUCGAGAGGAGAGAGUUGGUUUAUUGGCUGACAGUCUCCUGCAAGGUUUUGUGAAAGACACAGUCAGUCAAUUUCAGCAAAUCAAAAAGGCAAGGAACGAGAAGAUCCAUUUUAGCAAUCAAGGACUCAGUGCUGUCCAAGAAAAUAACUUGGCAACUAAUGAACAGCAGAGGUUUUUAGUGGUAUCAGAAUUGGAUGAUGGAGAAGAAGUAUCUUCCCCAGAUAUGUGUCCCAGACCAGAAAGCCCUGUAUUUGGUGCCAGUGGACAGGAAGAACUUGCCAAGAGGCUGGCAGAACUGGAACUUAGCCGGGAGUUUCUGAAUGUGUUAGGAGAUGACCAAGAUUGGUUUGAUGAAGAUUUUGGCUUGAGUUCACAUAAGCUCCCUCAGAACCAAGUUGAAGAAUCAGCAGUAUUACCUAAGAUAGAACUGCCAAAAGUGUCCCCAAAGCCAUGUGAAGAACCUUUGGCUGCACCAUAUGUUGCAGAAGAGGUGGAGGAAUUGGUGCAUGCAGCAGCUGAGAAGCUAUGGAAAUACAAAGAGUUGGGGCUUGAUCUUCAGGCUCUCAGUAACCCCAGAGACAUCAAUGAAUCCCCCCUAAAUGAUGACAUUGAAACUGUUAGUAAACAAAUCUACAAAAAGGCUGUGUUUGAUUUAACAAGAGAGAUUUUUGAAGAAAUCUUUGCAGAAGAUCCAAAUUUGAAUCAGCCAUUGUGGAUGAAACCCAGCAGGAUCAUUUCUGGUUACUUUCGACGAGUAAAAGAUCCAAGUGAUCUUGAAGAAAUAAAAGUCUUUAUAACAGCUGAGGUUUUAAAGCUCUUAAAUUUGAGGAAGGAAUCAAAUAAUAAAACAGACUGGCAGAAAAUGAUGAAAUUUGGACGGAAAAAAAAGGAUAGAGUGGAUCACAUAUUGGUUCAAGAAUUGCAUGAAGAAGAGGCUCAGUGGGUGAACUAUGAUGAAGAUGAGCUGUAUGUGAAGAUGCAGCUAGCAGAUGGGAUUUUUGAGGCCUUAAUUAGAGACACUAUUGAUCUCCUCAAUCAGAUCUUUGAAAAGCAGAAAAUGUUUGUCUAACAUUAAACCAUAUUUUUGUUCAAAAUUGAUUGGCUGAGAAGUGAUACAACGUCUCCUCUUCCUGUGCUGCCUUUGGAUCUCCUACACUGGAUUUGUUCCAAAAAGGCUCCCCCUCCCCUAGUAUGCUUUUGCCAAUUCAGUAUGUACAAUAAUACUUGGCAUUUGUUCUUUCAAUAUUGGCAGUUUGCAAAUGGUUGAGGUGGAGCGCCAAGAACCCAACGAUGGAAAACUCAAGUUACUAGUAAACAUUCUUCAUGUUAAUAACUGCUCUACUUUGUUUUAUGUGUAAUUUAUAAUUGUUUUCUGACUUAACAAUGUAUAUGUCAGUCCAACCAAGUAUCUGCUCCUCACUCUUAUGUAAUUUUAAUCUUUUUGUCACAUUGUGGAUCUUCUGUCAUUGGAUUAAUGCAUGAGGAUCUGAGGAAUCAUGCCUUCUUUUUUCAACUAAAUUUUUAUUUCCAUUUCUUAAACAGUUAAUCUGAGAUGCUUUUUUCUACUUUUCCACUAUAUUUGUUUUUUCCUCAGUGAACCACCAGCUGUUCCUCAGUAAAUGGUACUCAGGAUUCUCUCAGGAUUUUAAUGUGUGAGAGAUAGGAAAAAAUGCUUACAUAAUGUGGGCCAUUGAUCCCUUUGAUUCCUCCCUUGCUUACCACCUUACUGUAAUGUACUGGUGAAACCAUUACUUGAACUAGCUAGGGUUAGGAGUGUAUGUACCAAAGAGAGUGAUACUCAGUGCUUGACUCUGGACCUGAUUUUUUUAUGCUUGUGACAUUUGUUAUAACUUAUUUUAUAACUCCUAAAAAAAUAAUGGUUGAGUGCUCUAUGGAUGCACUGUUACAGGAUUUAAAACGUCAGAAUAUCAGUACAUUAGGAAUGCAUCUGUCUUAUAAAAAUGAGGUAUCAUAUUAGGUGCAAGAAAUGCAUCAGAGAGGAGAGUCGACAAAGAUCCAAAUGCAUGGUUUUUUUUCCUCUGUGGGGUAGAAACGGAUUGUGAAGAGGCCCAUGUUAUAUUAAACUAAUGUACUUGGAAAGGAGAAUAGGAUGUCAAAGGCCCUUUUGCCAAGAUUUCCAUGACUAUUAGAGUGGGCCACUGUCAAACCCAGUGUGGCUUAUACUGCCUCCAUGCCUCCUCUCCCACCCCCAAAGUUUUCUCCAGGGAAUACAAAAUAAUGUAGGCUUGACUACUGAUGCCUUAAUUUGAAAUCUGGAUUACUUGAGGAAAUAUUGAAUCAGAGUGGAUUCAAAAUCUGUUAAUCUAUCCCAGCAGAGAUAGUGUUCCAAAGCAUAGGCGAAGGCAUUCCAAAGACUCUAUGCGCCUAUUUAUGCCCUUUUUCCUUUCAUCUUUAGUUUCCUGGUCUUCCAGUCAGUAUAUGUCUGCAAGUACUCUCUUGUGGAUCUCUUUUGAAACUUUUUUUUAUUUGUUUGCUGUUUGCACAGUAACACACAACCAAGAUAGCUCCUUUUAACCAGAAAAUAUAAAAAAAAACGUUGUUGGCAUACAAUCAGAACUGCUCAUAGGUAGAUUGACAGAGUCAUAUUUGUAAACUUGGGAUGAUUAAAUGGGCUAAAGGAACAAAAGACAGAAUAACUAGCACAUAGACUUUAGUAGCAUGUAAAUGUCAAUUUUAAACAAAUCUGGUGGAGCAAGCUGCUAUGAGUUAAGUACUUUUCAUACUGAACCUCAGAAUGUUUUUAAUGCAUGUUUAAUACUUAACUGUUUUUUUCUUUGUUUUGAAACAAAUGAGGCCAUUUUCUAACAGUUUUAGGUUUUGCCAUUUUGGGGUCAUCCAUGUCUUGCCCUACCUACAUAGCUAAAUUAUGAGAAUCAAGGGAAUAUCCAAGCAAAGAGGAUGGGGGAAGUCAUGAACUUAAACUGAAAACUAUUGAUCAAACAGAAUGUUGACAUGCCCAAGGUGAUUAAAUCAAUAGAAUAAUGUAUACAAUAAAUUGCUUAACUCAGAUUUGUUGCUGUGAUCCAUAGCAAUGCAAAGGUUUCACUGCAACCAAAUGUAGAGGAACGGGGCCAACAUAUGGUAUAGAUUUAAACUGAGAGAACUGUAGCUAUUAUAACAUUUUUGCAAGAAAACAAUUACUUGAGCAUGAAUCCAGGUACAUUCUAGCCACAAUUUUGGCUGUGAAGGAAUGGUCUUCAAUAUUGCCUCACCAGGCCCAUAUAUACCAGAAAGGGCAACCCAUUCAGGCCUUAUAUGGCAUUUUUCGUCUCCCACAACUGUAUGUGGCAUAGUUUUAGGAAUUCACUUUAUCCUUAAAGAUACUUCUGACUGCCCACUACAUACAACUAAGUUUCAGCUAAAAUGACCUAACGACUGAACUGCAUGUUAUCAAAGCUGCACAAUUUCUAGUUUUGUAUCAGGCUGGUAUGGUGUAGGCUGUUAAGGGCUGUUAACACUGGGAUUCUUGAGAAAAAAAUUACCUUUUGGCUGAAGUGUAAUUAUUCUAAUCACAUCUUGCAAUUGAAUAGAGUGGGUGAGAAACUUGAGGAAAGAGGAGGAAAGAGUGCAUAAUGACUUGCCUUAAAUAGCUGUUCUGGGCAACCUUCUUUUGUUCAUUUCACUGACAUAUUAAGGAUGCGUUGUUCCCCAAAUCCCCUUUCUGCUGCCUCUAUCCAGAUGACCCCAAAUAUUGAUGCCUCUAUGGGUUUUUUCCCCUGCUAGGGAAGGGUUAUGCUGAGGUGCUCUCUCAUAAAAAGGGCUGGAGAAUUGAGCUCAAAUACCUGUUGAUUUCAGUGAUUCUGACUACCAGAUUCAACUUUUGCACCAUCUCACAGAAGCAACCUACUUACUAUUAUAGUUUUCUACAGUGCUUAAUUAUUCCUACAAGUGAGAUUGGAGAGCCAUGUAGCUACUCUGAAAAACACCUAAAAACAUUUUUUGGGAUUCACUAUAUUACCUCUAGGUCACUUUGAAAAAUCCUAUGUGCGCAUAAACAUGAAAUACAUGCUGUUGUCACCUACAGAUUCAUGAAAUCGCAUACCUGAAUGUCAUUCCCCCACUUUUUUUUAUUUGCAUGCAAAUGCAGGCAUAAUCAUUGUGUAUACUAAAAGUGAAAGUGAACAUAGUGCCCGGUGAAUCCUUUGGAAAAUUGUCCUUUUCCCAUCAGAGUUUGGAAUGGACUUAAGCAGCAUAGAGGAGUUUAAUUAUGACAAAGAAUCACUAAUUGUCUUGGAGAGUAUAUCCUGAAUAUAUUAAAUUAUAUUAUGCCCAGCCAUCAGAAUUCACUUUAGGGAAAAAUGCUGACAAUAAUAUGUAUAUAUGGAGAGAGAGCAGCUAGAAAAUAUGGACUGUUGGUGCUCUUUUAUUCUAUAUUAAAAUGAAUUUUAAUUCAUUAAACAUUAAAGUGAAUUUUUGAGGAAAAUUGCUUACCACAAAAUGUAUGCAAAUAUAAAGAGCAACAAUCUUUGUGGCUCUGUUCCUGACCUAUAGAUUUAAGAUAAAAUUCUGAAGAUGUCCUAUUAAAGCUCAAUUUAAAUGCAAAAACAUCACCAAAAAGAUUAUUUUAUGUGUUAUUGUAUAGUCAUUUACUUCAAAGGGAGGCUUGAAUAGGACAAUCCAUGGAUUGUAAGUUGUCGCCUUUCAGUGCUCCAGUAUUUCCGAAAGUUUAACAGCAAGGUUUUGUGGCCUGUUUGGCAAGGGGGAGGAGGACAAAUGGAUGAUCUUUUUAAAAAAAAAAAAAACGUGGCCUUAGCAUUUUUUGCAAUACUUGAAUAAAAGUGUGUAUUCACUAAAGAAAUACCAUAGCACAGCAUUCAGAGACCUUUGAAGUCACUGCACAGUAAAGCCUUUUUUUUUCAAGCAAGUUUGUUAUUUAAUCAGAAUUGAUUGACUUGUGUUCCAGCAGCAAAAACAGUUUUGACCGUUGUAAAGUAAUUCUUUGUAAAUUGUACAUUGUCAAUAUAAACAAGCAAAACUCAUCUGAAUUAAUUUAAAAUCUCAUGGAUAAAGAAUGAAAAACUCUACAUUAUAACACAUUGCAGUAAAUAAACAUUUUGAGAGAGCCUUUACUGUACAUCUGCAGAGUUGUCUUGGAGAAACUAUUCUUCCUUGCAUACUGUGCUGUGCAGAUACUGUUUCUGCCUAUGUGUUUAUGUAAGUAAGUUAUUCAUAGGUUUCCAGGCCAAUUUCAGCCAAUAUACGCACUUCUUUGUGUAGUACGGCUUGGUAGAAUACAGGGUGUUAAGGUUCAUGUACUUUUGAAAUGUAAAAUAAAUCAGUAUAGUCUCUUUACACCAAUGUAAAUACCUUUGUUAUUUUGAGAUGUACUUUAAGAGAAUAAAAUCUGUAAAUAAAGUGAUUUAUAAAUUAUCCAAAUAGUUUAUCAGUUGUUAAAAUAAAGUACAUUUGUU